AUGCUCCCCUCCCUCAGAGCAGCCCGCCCCCUCUCCGCCCUCGCCCUCCCCCACCCAGACCUCGCAGCCGCCAACGGCCACACCCGCUUCGCCCUCAGAGCAUUCGAGGCCAUCCCCUCCCUCGCCCACGCCUAUGCCAUCCUUCGCGCAGCCGAAAACAAGCUCGGCGCAAAGGCUCUCCAUGUGAGAAUACCAAAAUCAAUGGACUCGCUCAAGCUCGGGCCGAGCAUCUAUAUCGAGACCCUGCGUCCGGUAAAGCUCGAGAAGCAGCUGCUACUCGAGAUCCCCUCACCCAUCCUCUCUCCCGAAUCCAAUUUUCUGGGGGGGCUCUGUCUGGAAGAUGUCGCAAAGUCUCUGGAUUCAGAUCCUGUCAUUUCUACCUCUGUGCAGAGAUCACCGAGUAACGGGCGGAAAGACAGGCCUCUGCAGUUCAAGAUUGAGGCUGCCCAACCCCCUUCGCGCAACCCUUCCAAAGCGCGGCGGUCGGUUGAGUUUAGGAGCAAGCAGGGGGGAAAGGAAGGGGCAGAGAUAGUGCAAGCGCUCAAGGCGUUUGAAGGAGGCUUCUAUGGCGGAUUUGAAGGGGUUGCAGACAAGUUUGAAGCUAUGGUGGCAGCACAUACCAAGCCUCGACAAGGGAACGGCGAGACGGCAUCGGGGGACAAGGCGUAA